AUGGGGGACUUCAAAAAGUCUCCAACUGAAUUGCCGGCCCCGGAGAUCGACUCUUCAGCGCUCGCCUACAUCAACUCGUGGCAAACGCCCGGCAACCUGACGUUUGAGGGUGUGAUCCAAAGUGACCCUUGCAAUCUCAUUCGGGGCUUCAAAGUGACGUUAACGAAUUCGUCAAAAGGCUAUAACGACACCGUGAUUGAGGUGCCGAAACAAGACACCUUUCUGGUCCUGGACUGCAAAACGGUUGACGUGUUCCAGACGCUGCGAACGACCGCCUUAACUGUCGACGGAAAAGAGUUAACUCCGAACUUUCCGAGCUUUGAUCCAGUUUCCACUAAUGAUGACUACAGCAAGAUAUACGAUCGAACUAUCCAGUCCUGCUUGUAUAGCAUGGGAGGUGCUAGCAUUUCCAGCUUCAACAACACCGACUUCUGUGCUAGUCGCGGGUUGCGAACUUUCGGAGAGGAGCUCUACCUGAAAAGCCUGGCGGCGCCCGGUGUUCUCAAUGAAAGCUUUUUGGUCGAUCUGAAGUUCUACCCCGCUAGCGGCGAGUGGAAGUGGACCAGCAGCAUGAACGUCCUGCCAUUCAAUGCCAGCCAUUGGUGGUCCGGUUAUAUGCAACCCACGACCAAGUGGUGCGCUACGUACAAUCGGGCUACUUUGCAGCUGGCUGACCUUUCGUGUUCUUCAGGCGCUUCUGUCGCUUGUGUUGGCUAACACUGGCCUUCCGCGCACUGGAGACUUGUGGAAAUUAGAGGCCAUGUGUGUGCACCCAGGCGGCCAUGUAUGGGUGGCCAGCGAUUAUCCGCCGGCGUCUCCUCAAGGAAGACGGACAUCGCGUCUCUUUGAGUGGUCGUCGCAUGUAGCUUACAUGGCUCUAAGUCCUCGAAUUCUAGUUUAAAAAUUUUAAACACUUAUUUGUAUACUUGACCUGUUCAUGUUUAGUCUUUUUGUGACGAUUUACCCAUUAGAUUGCUUUUCUUUUUUUUUUUACUUAAUAUUUUGGGCAAACUUAUGACAUCUUGCCCAGGGUAGAGUAAUGAUACUGAAUAAGGGCCAUAAAAUGAGGCUGUAAAUCAUCUGA